AACAGUGACAGGAUAAAAUAUAAACAAAUGAGAGACUGAACUAGGUUAAGUGUCUGUGUGUGUGUGUGUGUGUGUUAGAGAGAGAGAGAGAGCGAGGGAUAGCACAUCAGCACGUGUAGCUCCUCCCUCCCCAGUAUUCUUUGGUUCUAUUUUGAUGGAUGGUGAUAAGUCAUCACCACAUACGAUGUGAUUUUUCACAUGCAGGUAAUUUCCAUAUCAUUCAGUGUCAAAUUCAAGGGGUUUUAGCUCACGGCCAGUAACAACUUCUUUAAAGUUAGGGCUAAAGCAAGCACCAAACCCUGAGUAAUUCUCUUCCAAAACCUGCACUCAUUAUGAGAAGGAUUCUAUACCUGAUGGUCCCCAUGAACGGACUACUCGCUGACUUCGUUGAGGGGAAUCAAGACUGCACUUCAUGUUACCAGUUGGACACAGGAGUGGCUUUUGGGAUCAUCACUUGUGACAUCAUCCUCACACUCCUCAUUGCUCUCUCAGUCUAUUGUUUCUUUUCCCAUCAGAAAAGACGAGGCAGUUUACAUACACACGCCAGAUGCUGUGGGUCAGGUAAAGCAAGAACUCACCAGCCAUCGAUGAAGACAAAGACAAUUGAAAUGGAAUCACCUUAUCAGGAGCUUUAUGGAGUCCAGUCAGACAUAUACAGUGAUCUUCAGCAGUAUCGGAAAUGAGGUGACCCUGUGAAAUGUAAUAUCGAUCAUGGGUCGUGUGAAAACCUGGAGGUUGCAUGCAUUUCUAAACUGUGUCACAAAUAUGUAUUUGGCAUAAGCUAUAAUAAUUGACUUAUUCAAAAAGAUUUUUCUUUGAAUCCAUGUGAUUGGUCAUGUGGCUUAUAUAGAAAUCAUGAAUAUUAAUAUAUUUUCAUAGUUUGUGGAAAGGAGAAAUGAUCUUCAAGAAUUUUUACUAUCGCUGUAAAAGUUUG